GCCUUUUCGUCACAGGAAGCUGCUUACACAGGCAGAUGUGCAUAUGAAAACCAACCCACAGACCUCAUCUACGGUGUUUUUCGGUCUUAUGACACUCAUACACGCACGCACACCUGCAACCGACCAUUGCACGGGAACAAUAAAGAGGUGGACUCCUCUUCUCUUUGCUCAGACAAUCUGACGUCCUGUAGAAGAACCCCGGGCCCACACAAGCACACACACGCAAAAGUACAAAUGUAUUUUCCUUGUGUACAAUUGCUGACGUAAAUUCAUACACCUUCCUGUGUCUCUUGCACCUUCUGUAUAUUUCCUCUCUCACUGCACGAGGACUACUACAUAAGACACUGACUCACUGCGGACUGCAACCUGCUAACCAACCAGAACCAAAUAACGGGAGACAGGACCCUCUGACAACAGGAGUAACAAACCAACAGGAGAUACGAGAGAGCAAUGUGAGCACAGAACCAGCCGGUCUAACAGGGAGAAGAGCUGCAGACUGAUAUGGGGAGUCGUCCUAGCAAAGGAAGACGGGGCUCCAGAACAGUGGCCCAAGAGGCCCCUCCUGAGCCCACCACUAUUGAUACCCACAGGUAUGUGGUGGUGGCUCUGUACAGCUACCCUGCAGGAGGGCCAGCCGAAUGCAGCAUCCGGAUUGGAGAGAGACUGAAUGUCCUAUCAGAUGAAGGUGAUUGGUUGAGAGUAAGCUCCACAGCAACAGGCAGAGAGAGCUAUAUGCCCAGCAACUAUAUGGCCAAGGUGUUCCACUGCUGGCUGUUUGAGGGUGUUAGCCGGGAAAAGGCAGAGGAGUUGCUGCUGCUGCCACACAACCAGGCUGGCUCCUUCUUGAUCCGGGAGAGCCAGUCACGCAGUGGGGCCUAUACUUUGUCUGUGCGACGGAGUACCAGUUCAUCCUGGGACUCUGUGAAACACUACCGUAUCCACCGGCUGCAGAACGGCUGGUUCUACAUCUCCCCCGGACUCACGUUCCCCUCUCUCAUCCAACUGGUCAGCCACUAUUCCGAAACGAUGGAUGGGCUCUGCUGCCUGCUGAGGGAGUCCUGCUUCAUUCAGGGCUCUAACAAUGUUCCUGUGGUAACAGGCCCCCCACCCAUGGCCAUCAGGAAGCCCACCCUGAACUGGAAGGACGUGGACAGCUCCAUGCUGUUCUGCACAGAUAAACGGGAUGUGGAGGAGUCCCUGGUCAGCGAAGGGCUCCGGGAGGCCAUCAGUUCCUACAUGUUCAUGACGGAGGACAGCUGCGAGGACUGCGGGCACAAGUACCAGGCCUGAGGAGUGGCGGGAGCUUUCAGGGGGCGUGGAAAGGGCAGUGAAGCCGGGCUGGAGGCCGACCGCCCAUUACUGCGGCCGCCGCGGAUCCAGACCCACUCAGGAUGGGGGCCAUGGGGCAUGGCAGGGUUUGGCAGGGUCACCGUGCCUUACCGUCGUCUCAGUGCUCUUUAUCCCAGACCCCCCCUCCCAAAAGGCCUGGUCCUGUAACUGCCCCAGUACUCAGACUCCACUGAGAGACGCCUGGUCUGACCCUGACGCACACGCUCCGUCCCCCACUGAAACAAAAUAUAGCACGCGAGUAAGUUCCCACAUGGAAAGUACUGGAAAGUUCCCGCAUGCCCCAGGAUCAUUCUGGCACCCUGAGAAGGACAGGGGGCCUGGGCUGGUCGCCAUAUAAACCAGCGAAAACUCUUGGAGACCGUAGUGACUGGCUGAGGCCUCUGAACGUUGUGCAGCCUUGCUAAGAAUGUGACUCGUGCAAGUAGGGAAAAAGACUUUAAAACAGCUUCCUCUAACAGCGAAGCACGUCUCUUAUCUCAGCCAAGGGAAACCUCUGGUUUAAUGUUGGUCAGUGGGAAGAUAUUUUUCUCUCUGUUUCUUGGUCUCGAAAUGUUUGUCUGUCACAAAGCAGCGGUGAGACCUCACAAAAGAUGAAGGGCCGAGCCACAGGGAAGCAAUAUUUCAGGACCAACAGAAUGUUUAUGUUUGUUGCUGCAUUCUUCUGUGUUAUUACAAGUAGUACUCGAUGAUAACAGGUAGGUGCACUGUUUUUCAUCAGCCAUUGUAUACCGAUGUUAAUCAUGGUAUUUGCAAGGUAGUCAGAAGAGAUUAUUGAACAUUAUACAUAAAAAGUGAACAUUAUGCAGAAAAUGAAACAAUGGUAAUUUGUUAGUAAUUUUCUUUUUAAUGCAUUUCUUCACACACCUACAGAUGCAUUUAAGUAACAGUGAAAGAUGUACGGAUUAACACUGCUCCCCAGUUGACCAUUCAACCUGGAGUUCAUAGCCAUUUAUUCUCUGUAUGUCAUGUGACCUGUCUGUUAUGUUCUUCACCAUGAGUCUUCCAGGAAGUUGAGGUGCUUCAUUACGUGCGAAUGUGACAUAUGGGGUGUGUGGGAUUGACAGGGGUGCUAUUCACUGAAAUAUAGAUUCGUAGAAUUUUCACGUCUGCACACCUUUACGUGCUGGAGUCACUAUGGUAACACACCAGUCACCGCAGUAACACACCCCCCCCCCUCCAAAACUGCAUCAGGGUAAAACCCUGAAGAGAAAAAAAAUCCCUUCACGCAUUAACACAAAAGGUUACCUUUGUCAAAAUUUUCUUUCUGUGGUUUCAUUCACAUUCUUUAUAGCACUGGGUAGGCAAGGAAGCCAUAACUGUUUUUCGAUUUUAUGCCAACUUCUGAUAAUUAUUCAGUUUCACUGUUAUUUAGUAAAAUGAGUCAUCUAACAUUUUAGAUAAAUCUUUUGAUACACUUGUGAAUGACAUCUGACACCUCUUGCUAUAUUCUAAAACAUAAAUGUAAUCUAAUUAAAUAAAUUGAAUAGCCUCAACUCAAAAAAUGGAUUAAGUCAUUGUGAAUUGAAAACAGUAAAAAAAAUUGUUAACUUAAUAUGUAAAAACCAGUGAAUGCUUUAGUUGCCCUAUUCAAAUGGUUCAAGACAAUUGGUUUCCUCAGACCAGUAAAUUGUACUCUCGGGUUAUACAGUGUACAUGAAAUGUUUUACUGUGAGGUAAGCCACAAGUGAACCAGCUUAGGUAUAUACAGCUAAUUUGAUUCAUUUACCCAAAGUAACUGGUGAAAACAAAAACCUUCAUACACACCAUUCAAAUUUUGCUUCAGCUGAAAGAAUCAACCCUAGAUACUAAAGACUGACAGGAGAGACUCAGACAUUAGUACAACAGUACCUCCUUUUACAGCUUGACAAAAAUGCCACAGUGGCCUUUGAACAGUCUUUCUCUGAAGCAGGCUUUCAAUACUGGGUCAAGAGUCCCACCAUUCUUUAAAAUGAAGAACUGCUGUUCAUGCUUUCACAAAGACCAACAAAAAGAAAAUACAGAGUUGAUCUGCUCAAGAGAAGCAUCUAUGCAUGUAUAUGUCCUACAUAUGUAAUAACUAAAUUCCACACUGGAGAAGUACUGUACCAUGAAUGUGUGCGUGUGUACACAUAUUUGUGUUCAUGUAUGUGUGAGUAUUUAUGUAUAUGUGUCACAAUGUAAGUAACUUGGCAUUUUUGUACUUUUGUAUUUUGUAGGUGUUUCUGACUAGUCAGAUGUGUUCACUUGCUUCUUCAGUGCAAGUAGAGAGCUUUCGGUAUCUACUCUUGAUUCUAGGCUUUUGAUUCCCUUUGGAGUCUAUUAUUGGCAUUUGUCAGCAUAUUGACCAGAGUUGCACCAACGAAAGUCAAGGAAGUCAUUAUGUGGCUGAAAAAUAUGAAAAAGCAGACAGGCCAAACCUUCUUGGCUACUUCUGGGAAAUUUCACAACUGUUCUCCAUUUGGUGAUAAUGGCUUUCACUGUGGUUCAUUUGACUUUAUAACCCUUUUCAGACUGAUAUAUUUCAACAACUUCUUUUAUCGUCUGUUCUGGAAUUUCCUUUGAUCGAAGCAUAGUGGACUUGUAGAAAUUUUGUGUUGUUUAUUUAACUAUGGUAAGGUUCAAUAUGCGCAAAGUUUAGA